ACAAACAUACAGAGACGCGCACACACCUCCUGUCUGUCUUGCUACAGCCAGCACUUGAAGCAGAGAUUCGCCUCCCACUAUAAAAGGCUGUGGGUUUCAGCCGGUCUGUCCUUACGCAGAGGGGAAACCUGUCUGUGGGCCGGCCGCCGCUCACCUCUGCGUGCGGACACCAAACAGGUCGGGGCGGUGCGUUUCGGUGUACGCGCACACAAAAUGUAGCCGGUACUUUGCAUUUAAAGUCGUCUUUGUAAUGUAAUACAGGCGCGUUAAUGUAGUCCCAGACAACGCAACGUUUUGUUUUGUUUCUCUACUAAACCAACAUGCAGCCUUAAAGCUACUAUCUCGCACGGGUGGAAGUUGAUUUUCAGUCCAGCGAUUCCUGUCAAGAUGGAAAGCACUCCUUAGGCGGACGACAUGGGAAAAUGGGAGCUAACAAUGAACCCAGUGCAGGAGUGGGGUGAGGAGUUUGAGGACGGUGCAGUUUACGGGGUCACUCUGCGUCGGGAGCCCGUUCCCCCCUCCAGCCCCAGUGAGCAGAGUCCAUGCUGUGCGUUUGUACAGUAUCGAACCUGCAAGGUGCGGCGUCUGAAGGCUGCUACCUUGGACCUGCUUGUGAAUCAUCUCCUUGACCCUGGUUGCCAGGAACAGGACUACAGCAGGAUCUUUCUGUCCACAUACAGAACCUUCACUGGUACCUCAGAGCUCAUAGAGCUCCUCUUCCAGAGAGUCAAUGCUGCCUCAGAUCUGGACAACAGUGAAUGCUACAGGAGUCUCCUCAGCCCUCUGUUGGCCUUUGUCCAGACAUGGUUGGAUGAAUACAGUGAGGACUUCAGAGAUCCUCCCCAGCACUCGGCACUCAGGCUGCUGUUGGAUCACCUGAAGAUCAGCUCUGCAGUUCAUGACAACAUGCGUAGCCAACCCAACUUCUGCUCAUUGGCGGCUCAGGCUGAGGCACUUCACAUUAAGUUACAGAAAGAAGAAGAUGAGAUGAAUGUCAGUUCUAAACAGGCAGAUCCGGAGCAGGAUGAGGGUUCUGUUGAUGAGGAUUCAGGAUGUGAAAACUCUCUGGAUCAAGGUGGCUUCAUGGAUUUCUCUGCUGCAGCCAUUGCCGAACAGCUCACCCGAAUAGACUCUGCUCUGUUUGUCAAAGUGGUGCCUUACCAGUGUCUUGGUUGUGUCUGGUCACAACGAGACAAGAAGGAAAACAUGUCUCCCACCAUUCGAGCCACCAUUGCACAGUUCAACACUGUUACCAACCAGGUUAUCAUGUCCCUGCUCUGCCAGCCAACAGAUGCCUCCUCCAGUCCCACUCCCUCCCGCCGGCCUCCCACUACACCUGCUCAAAGGGCCCGCAUCAUAGAGAAGUGGAUCAGAGUAGCACAGGACUGUCGUCAGAUGAAGAAUUUCUCCUCUCUCAGGGCGAUCCUGUCGGCCCUUCAGUCCAAUGCAGUUUACAGGCUGAGAAAGACCUGGGCUGCUGUUAGCAGGGAUAGCAUGGCCGUGUUUGAUAACCUCUGGGAAACCUUCCCUGAUGAGAACUGUGUUCUGACCAACAGAGAACUCCUGGUGGAGGACGGAGGCCAAGCAACCGUGGAUAACAUUUCUCCAAAGAUAUCCAAGCGGUGUCCAAUCCCCAGACAGAUGAGUACCUCGAGUGGAGUGGUUCCCUACCUGGGCACCUAUCUGACCGUCUUGACCAUGCUGGACACCGCUCUGCCAGACACUGUGGAGGAUGGGCUCAUAAACUUUGAGAAGAGGAGGAGGGAGUUUGAGGUCCUGUCGCAGAUCCGUGUGCUGCAGGCGUCUUGUUCCCAGUACAGCCUGCCCAAUCACCCCAGAGUCGCUGCCUGGCUGCAGGGACACAACCUGCUCACUGACCAGGAGAGCUAUGAAUUGUCGAGGCAGCUGGAGCCUCCUGUUGACUUAUGUUCGCCAACUCCCUGGAGCCACCGCACGCUCACAAAGAAACUCUCCUUUCUCUUGACAGUGAAUGAUGGGCCUAAAAAAGUCCCUGCUGACCAGAUCAGUGUUACAUCUUCUGGAUCCAGUGGAUCUGAGAUGGAGGAUCUCUCCUGCCCAAACUCCACCUGCUCUAUCAGACUGCAGUCCUUUCACAGCUCUUGCAACAAUGUGUCCGAGGCCUUCUCUUCCUCCCCGUCCUCCUCACCUUCCCCCUGCUCCUCGGCAGCUUCUUCUCCAGACUCUCCCACUCCCUCCGGCUCUUCCUCUGACUGCCGGGCGGAGCUCUGCACUCCGGCCGCGUCCUGUGGCGGUGCGCGGCCGAAGCCCACCCUGGCCUCCCACCACAAACGCUCCGUGUCGAUGACCUCCCUGCCGGUGUAUAACCGUCAGGUGGCUGACUCCUGUAUAGUCAGGGUGAGCGUAGACCUGGGCCACAACAACGGCAACAUGUACAAAAGUAUCCUGUUGACCAGUCAGGACAAAACUGCACAGGUGAUUCAAAGGGCACUGGAAAAGCAUCACCUUGAGCACAUGAACUGGUGGGACUUCACCCUGACGCAGGUCAUCUCCCAGGAAAGAGAGUUGCUCAUACCUGACAAAGCAAACGUCUUCUACGCUAUGUCCACAACAGCAAACUUUGACUUUGUUCUGCGCCAGUCCCCCAAAGGCCAGAAGAAACCGCUGAGAGCCACGUCUAGUCUCGGACGAUACACAAAGUAGCCGCUGGAAGAUGAACUGAGCUUGUGGGGCUCUCCUUGGAAAAAUAAAAUGUGACAUUAUUAUGGUACCUGAGAAGAUGAUGUUAAAGCACUUUAUGAAGAAGAACUCUGGCCUCAGCAAAAACUGAUGAAGCUUAAAAAACAUCUGGAUCAGACAUGCUUUUAUUUCCUCUUGGAAUUAACUUGUGUGAAUCAUGAAAAAAACAAACAACAACAAAAAACUCAUUCCUUAUCCCUUUCCCAGAGUUGUGUCGUAAAGCUUACUUGGUUUAACGUGCGUUGGAUGCAGUGCAAGUACUUCCACUUGCAAUAACUGUGUGGACAUGAAGACACACACACACUGAAACCCCCCCACCCCCCAAGGGGGCAACACGUGCCAACAUCAGUCACCUGUGUAUAUGUGAGCACUGAGGAAAUCACUGACCUUUUCCCAACGCAGCUGGGUGCCAUUAAUAACGUGUGUUAUAAAGGGAAUGGGGGCCGGACGCCGUGUGAAGGGCGUACAGUCUGUAAUGAACUCCUGGGGCCCCUCGGCAGGUUGUCGGCCACUCGAGAUGAGAUCCCCUGGUGUGCUUAUUUGUUGUUGUGCCAGUGCCAUCUGAGGAGCGGGUGGGGACAUUCUCACCGAAGAUCACAGUGUUCGUUGAGAAUUUCAGUCCAGCUCCUCCAGCGUCGCUGCGAUACUCAGGGUGUGUGACUGGCUGCCCCAACUGGAAGGAUGGCAUUCCUGAGCCUGGGUGACCAGAGCAGCAGCAGCAGCAGCAGCAGCAGCACAGACGGUGGUGCACAGGAUGCAGUCUUCACACGCAACUGGCUACUGUAUCUAGAUAAGUGUUUUAGAGUUCAGAUUUUUUUCUAAUAUUUUGUAUUUAUUUUCACUGCCAUGGUUCACUUUCAUCCCAUUGCUGAUUGCACCUUCACUAUAUUAACACUCAGUAGGUGGCUUCACGUUGUCUCUUGACUGGUAGGAACAUAUUUUGCUGUGAUCAGUGAGGUUAUAUUGUAAAGAUGUCUUAUCUUUUGAUGAAUAUUUAAAAUGUUAAUGAAAGGUUUUUUUUGUAAUUUUUUACUUUAAUUAUAUUAAAAAAAACGAUGUUCAGACUUGUGAUGUCUGGAUGUAAGUGUUGCUUAAACGGCUUGAUUUAAAGCCUAACGUGGAGCUCAGAUGUAAUCAUUUCAAUGACGUCAACUGACGUCAAAACUCGAGUCAGAUAGUUGAUACUGAUCAUAUUUUCUUACAGUCAAAGCAGCAAGGAAUAUGUUUAAAGAGGAACACAAUGAACUGACACACUUUUGGAAGUCCCUGUAGGCUGUCUUGGAGUCGAGACUUGCUGAAGAAAAUAAUGGACAUCUCAUCGACCUCUUCCACUUACACCGUCCCUGCAGAUCUGGGGGUUUAAAACACAGAAUACACUCUCUAAAGCUUAAUUCUAACUCACACUUCACAGUAUCCUCUGUCUUGGUAGUGGAAUGAGUUGUCCAACAAAUGCUUUAUGUUCACUGUUGUGAUUAAUGAAGAGAAUCUCACAGUUGUAAAACAAAGUAAAAUAAACAUUUUUUUUAUAAAAGGA